GCGCAAUGCACUACUGAAUCGGGCAGGGGUACAUAUUAGGUACACACAAUGGUAUCCAGACCAGCGACCUCAGCCUGCUGUAUAUAUUUUGAAUGAAGCAUAAAUUAUUCUGUAUUGUAUCCCACGCAUGCGCAGUGCUGAGCCGUGGCAGCUGGAGUAUCGUCAACGGCCAAAGAAGCGACUGUUCGUCACAUAGUAGCUCGUUCUUCCUGUCUCCGUUUUCUCAGAUGUGGCCUCAGUUCCUGUUUCCGCCCAAAUCACACAGCACGUUACUACUAUAAACACUGUAAUCAAGGGCACCUAUUAGUGGAUGGGAUAUAUUAGGCAGCAAGUGAACAUGACUGAGAUGCUGGACUUCCUGACUGGGAGACCUCAGUCAGGCUGGAUCGGAAGCAGCAUCUCCAGCACCACCACAAUGAGCACUGGGGCCCUUCAGGGCUGUGUUCUAAGCCCACUGCGUUUCACUCUGCUGACUGUGUAGUAAUGCACAGCUCGAACCACAUUAAGUUUGCUGAUGAAAAGACAAGUCAGCAUACAGAAAGGAGGUGCAACAGCUAACAGCCUGGUGUAGAGUCAACAACCUGUCUCUGAAUGUUGAUAAAAUAAAAGAGAUGGUUGUUGACUUAAGGAGAGCACAGGGCGACCAUUCUCCACUGAACAUCGAAGGAUCCUUAGUGGAAAUCAUGAACACUAAAUUCCUUGUGUUCAUGGACUGAUCCAGGACUGAUCAGUUGUUACCGGAAAUAUUUACUUGCAGUUAUUGCUGAACAAGGAGUUCACACCAGAUAUUGAAAGCAAAGGAUUUGAUGCAUGGGUCCUGAUCUGUAGAGCCUACAAAUGCUAGACAUGUGGAAAAGAUAAGAACCAACACAGUACUGAAAUUGACUGUCCUCUCCACUUUGGGAUAAUCCAGAACAUCGACCUCAGGACCUUUUGAAUUUCUGUGGUCAUCAGUCUUCCAUUUCUGCUGUUGACUACAUAUAUAUUGGUGGUGUAGCAGUGGGUAGCAAGAAUGCAGAAGAGUGCUGCGCUGUGAGGAGAGAGAGAGACAUGCGGACGUGGACAGGCUCAUGGCGAUGGAUCAUGCUUGUGCUGUUGGCAUGGGGCACUUUGCUGUUCUACAUUGGUGGGCAUCUGGUGCGUGACAGUGAACAGCCUGAGCAUCCCAGCCGUGAGCUCUCCAAAAUCCUAGCAAAGCUUGAGAGACUCAAACAUCAGAAUGAGGAGCUACGACGCAUGGCCGAGACACUCAGGCUGCCAGAGGGUAAAGCUGAUGCAGACAAUGGAGCUGCAGGGAAACUUCACAUCCUGGAAGAGCAGUUACAUAGAGCCAAAGAACAGAUCAAUUCUUACCGCAGCCUACCUGUUGAUGGUCCAGGGAGAAAACAGGAGGAGUUACGGAGAAUGAUUGAGAAUGGGGUACGAGAAUUGUGGUACUUUGUGCACAGUGAGGUGAAGAAACUGGGCCACAUAGAGACAGGAGAACUACAGAAACACAUUGACAUGCUGCUGCAAGACUUGGGCCACCGUGAGAGGUCCAUCAUGACAGACUUGUACCAUCUGAGCCAGGCAGAUGGAGCUGGAGACUGGAGAGAGAAGGAGGCCAAAGACCUCUCUGACCUAGUGCAAAACAGGAUAACAUACCUACAGAACCCACCAGACUGUGGAAAGGCACGCAAGCUGGUGUGCAACAUCAAUAAGGGCUGUGGUUAUGGCUGCCAGCUGCAUCACGUGGUCUACUGCUUCAUGAUCGCCUAUGGCACCCAACGGACACUUAUCUUGGAGUCACAAAACUGGCGCUAUGCCACCGGGGGCUGGGAAACCGUCUUUAAACCUGUCAGUGAAACAUGUACUGACCGCAGUGGAGCCUCUACUGGACACUGGUCUGGUGAAAAUAACGAUCAGGCCGUGCAAGUGAUUGAGUUGCCUAUUGUGGAUAGCCUCCAUCCACGGCCCCCCUACCUGCCACUGGCUAUUCCAGAGGAUCUGUCUGAGCGUCUACAACGGCUGCAUGGGGACCCCUCUGUCUGGUGGGUGUCUCAGUUUGUCAAAUAUCUGAUCCGACCACAGGCUUGGCUUGAGAAGGAGAUAAAUGAUGUGACCACCAAACUGGGCUUCAAACACCCCAUCAUAGGAGUGCAUGUGCGUAGAACAGAUAAGGUGGGGACCGAAGCUGCAUUCCAUCCCAUUGAAGAAUACAUGCUGCAUGUAGAGGACCAGUACCAGAGGCUGGCACACCGCAUGCACAUCGACAAGAAACGUGUUUACCUGGCCACUGAUGACCCUUCACUACUGCAGGAGGCUAAGUCUAAGUACCCAGAUUAUGAGUUUAUCAGUGAUAAUUCCAUCUCCUGGUCAGCUGGCUUGCACAACCGCUACACUGAGAACUCAUUAAGAGGAGUUAUCCUUGACAUCCACUUCCUGUCCCAGACCAACUACUUGGUCUGCACCUUCUCCUCCCAGGUGUGUCGUGUGGCCUAUGAGAUUAUGCAGACGCUGCACCCGGAUGCAUCAUCCUACUUCUAUUCACUGGAUGAUAUCUACUACUUUGGGGGGCAAAAUGCACACAAUCAAGUGGCUAUUUAUGCACAUGAGCCCCACAGGCAAGGAGAAAUUGUACUGGAACCUGAGGAUGUUAUUGGAGUGGCUGGCAACCACUGGGAUGGCUACUCCAAAGGCAUCAACCGCAAGACUGGUCGUACUGGCCUCUACCCCUCUUACAAGGUGAAGGAGAAAAUUGAGACAGUGAAGUACCCCACUUACCAGGAAGCUGACAAACUGCUUAAGAAACAGUAGAGGGAAAGUUUUUUUUUUAAUUUAAAGUAUAAUGAAGAAAGCCUGGACCACCUGGAUGAAAAUGCACUGUGUGUGUGUGUGUGUGUGUGUGUGUGUGUGUGUGUGAGAAAGAGAGCAAGCCAUUGAAUAAGUGCAUGUGUGUCUGAACUUGGACCUGAAGAGGGCCAUUCAAAUUGUAAAAAAAACAAUAUAUAAACUGGACUCACAGGAUAAGCAAAUAUGCCUCUGCAGGAAUUUUCCCUAAACCUCCAACUAAAAUGAAGGCAACCACAUUUGAUUAUUUCAGAAAAGAUACUAAAAAACAAAAGAAAAAAGCAGCAUUACAUGCAGCUUAAAACAAGGAAUCUUAAAUUUGAACUCCCAACUUGAGUUUGAGCACUGUUUUCCUGUGAUGUUUUUUCUACAUUAUGUAACUGACUACAUUGGUACAUUAGUCAUACACCUCUCCUCCUCUGUUCUUAUUCUCUGAACAUUAAUAUGCCACUGCACACCCUCAUCACAAGCUCUUAGUUUCCUUUGUUGUCCUGUGCUAUGAUUUUUAAUAGUUAUAGUCCAUUAUUUGUCAGAGUACGCCACCAGUCAAAAGUUUGGACACACCUUUUAAUUCAAUGUUUUUUGUUUAGGGAUUUAUUUUCUACAUUCUAGAACAAUACUGGAGAUUUCAAAACUAUGAAAUAACACACAUGGACUUAAGUAAUCCAUAUGUAAUGACAAAAAACAACAGUCAGUUGUUAUUUUAAGACAAGAAGGUAAGGUGUUCUGGAAUAGUUCUUGCAAGAACAGUAUUGUCAAGUGCAUUUGCAUAACCCAUCAAGCACCAUGAUGAAACUGGCUCACAUGAAGACCAUCCCAGUAAAGCAAGACCAAAACUUACCUCUGCUGCAGAGGAGAAGUUCAUUUAGAGUUACCAGCCUCAGAAAUCACCAAUUAACAGCACCUCAGAUUAGAGCCAUUAUGAAGGCUUUACAGAGCAUCAGUAGCAGACAUAUCUCAAUAUCAACUGUUCAAAGGACAUUAUUGUGUAUUUCGGCCGCCUUCAGCAUUGUUUUACAAUGUAGAAAGAAAUAAACAUCAGGAAAGACCAUGGAAUUAGAAGGUGUGUCCAAACUUUUGACUGGUAGUGUAUCUCUGUAUGUUUGUUCAUGUGGAACCAAAUAAUGUGCCUAAGAAUAAUAGAUGAUGGAACACAAUGCUACAUGAAAUUGAUGCAAACUCCAGCGCCUUACAGAGGAUUACACUCCUGACCUUCUGCUCCUUGUUGUUCAUUAUGUUUUCAAAAGAUUCUUUAAUGUUAAUGUAAUGUUCAAAAAUAAAAAAAACACAGGAAAGAAAACUUAGGUAAUUAGCGAAAUUUAUGACAAUGCUAAGAAAGAAUAUAAGUGAGUAUGAUAAUGAAAUAUCAUUGUGGUAACAUUUUAGUGUACUAGAGUGAUUUAAUAUUUUAUGUUUGUGUGAAUAUUGUCUUUUCUGAACCGAUCGAAUAAAAUUGAUCAGCCAUUGUG